AUGAGUGACCCUAAGAGCUUGACGAGCAAAGCCAAAAGAUCCGGGUUGGCGAAUACUUUUCAAGAAGGUGGAAGUUUCCUCAAAAACAUCAACCUAUUGAAGGGAAUCAGUCGCAAGCACAGCAAGAAUACUAGACCGGCGUCGCUCACUAUUAGCUCGGAAUCGGAAUGUAAGCCCUUGACACCUCCGUGCUCAGCUACUACAGGCCAAUCGAGUUCAAACUCUGAUUUUGGGACCCAGCUGGUACACAUAAGCUCGACAGAGUCUUCGUUGUCCUGCGAUGAGGAUGGAGGGGACGGAGACUGCAUCUCUCCUGUGGUGAGACAAUCCUCACUGCAUCUAACUCAAUCCCCUUUUGAAACAAAAUUUCAUUCUGAAGAGCGUAAGCCCCGGAUGAGAACACCACAAAGAUGCCUUAGCAGGACCAACUCCGCUUCUCGCUCGGUUGCUACUCUUAAGAAGAAUGAGCCUUUGGUGGCUCGUUCCAAAGCGCUCAGAAAUCAGCCCAAUGGUGUCAAGAAAGAAACUGUAUCUGUUCAGGCCUCGAGAGGUAAGCUGAGAAGAAUUCAUUCGAUGUUUGCAUCAGAGAAAGAGGUGUCUCAAGGCUAUGACGUCGCAGAAGCCUCACAUAUGAUUGAGUGCAAGACUACUGACGAUAAUAUUGAAAGUGCAACGUUCAAGUCCACUCUAGAAAAGAGCGGAGUUUCCUAUUAUUUUGACAAUUCAACAGAUGACAAUUUACCGCGUAUUAGUGUGGAGACUCUAGUCGAAAUCAUGGACGGUCGAUUCAGAAAGUACUAUCAGGAUGUUUACAUUGUAGACUGUCGAUUUGAAUAUGAGUAUCAAGGUGGCCAUAUCGGGCAAGCUGUCAACAUCAACACUCAAAACUCGUUAGAAUCAAAGUUCAUUCAUGAAAGGCAUUUGAUCUGUCAGAGCAAACUACCGCCUUUAAUGGUAUUUCACUGUGAAUUCAGCUCAUAUAGAGGUCCUAUCAUGGCGUCACAUUUACGAAAUUGCGACCGCAUGUUAAAUUACGACAAUUAUCCUAAGCUACAUUAUCCCGAUAUUCUUAUUGUUGAGGGGGGAUACAAAUCGUUCUUUGAUAAAUACAGCGAUCGAUGCUUCCCUCCCCGUUACAUUGGAAUGAACUCGCAAGAACACAUUGACCUAUGCGAAACUAAGAUGGAGAAAUUUCGGAAGGACUCCAAGCGCAUCACCACUCGAGGCAAUUCAUUUCAAACAUUCAGCAAGAGUAGCACGAAUAUUCGUCCAGAUUUGGUUCCAGCACGCGCCAAUUCAAGUUCUCGAAGUCAAACAUUUUUUCCCGACUACAAAGAGAAACCAGACCUUUCCUAUUCUUCCCACUUCACUACAAACAGCAGUUUAUCAUUCAAGUAUGAAGCACCACCGAAGCUAUCAUUCUCCAAUUACGGUACCGGAGGAGAGAGUGGAAGUCCCAGUAGCGUGAGCAGUAGCAACGCAAGUAGCGGGCUACUACUACUGGACGAGCUUCGCGAUGACACUGGAAGCACCGACCUCGAUAACGUAAGUUUUGAAGAAGAUGGCGAGGAAACUCAAUUACGUCGCGGUAGCAACGACUCCGCACUUGCAUUCAAGAGCACGAAAAGAUCACUGUUCGGCUCAAUUUUAAAAGAAGACGGGAACAGAAACACCCAAAAGUUCUUGCAUUACCCAAAAAGCUAG